UUCUUUUAGUGCUGGUUCCUCGGCUGGGGGGCCUCUCCAGGGAAGUAAAACCCAGGCGCAGCAACCGCGCAACUGUGCUCAGGACCUGAGCUGAGAGGAUUUGCCCAGUGCCAGCGGCGCCAGCUGGAGAGGAGAGGACGAGGACACGAGGCUGAAAACCACCGCAUCUCCACUUGCGGCUCUUGCUUCAGAAUGUCAAGUACCGUGUCCCAUUGUAUCCUCAAGUCUGCGAGGAAUCGCAUUGCUAUAUUACGAGGGGGGAGACGCUUAUACUCCAGGGCUGCCUCAGGUAGGGAUCAGCUGAGAUGGAGGCUCUUUUCUCCAGCACCAUCAGCCCUGAAGGACAGCUCUCCCUGUGGUGGCUUUGCUCUGCGGAAAGCCUUCAGACACACAUCAACCGAGGAAGAGGAUUUCCACUUACAGCUCAGCCCUGACCAGGUCAAUGACCUGCUCCGGGCCGGUGAGUCAUCCCACAAAGUUCUUGAUUUCAACAAUGGAGUCCCAAACUCAGUGUUAAGGUUUGAGAGCAACCAGCUGGCUGCCAAUUCCCCAGUGGAGGACCGACAGGGUGUCGCUUCCUGCGUCCAAACGAGCGGGAUGAUGUUUGGUAUUUUUGACGGACACGGUGGCCACGCCUGCGCACAGGCGGUGAGCGAGAGGCUUUUCUACUACACGGCUGUGUCCCUGAUGUCCCAUCAGACCUUGGAGCGGAUGGAGGAAGCAGUGGAGAACAUGAAGCCUCUGCUGCCCAUCCUGCAGUGGCUCAAGCACCCAGGACACAGUAUUUACCAGGAUGUCACAUCCGUGCAUCUGGACCACCUCCGCGUCUAUUGGCAGGAACUCCUUGAUCUGCAUAUGGAAACCGGGCUAAGCAUCGAAGAAGCCUUGACAUACUCUUUCCAGAGACUGGAUUCUGACAUCUCACUUGAAAUUCAGGCUCCUCUGGAAGAUGAGGUGACCAAGAACUUAUCCCUCCAGGUUGCUUUUUCUGGGGCAACAGCCUGCAUGGCCCACGUCAACGGAGUCCACCUGCACGUAGCAAAUGCUGGUGACUGCCGGGCUAUCCUUGGCGUCCAGGAAGACAAUGGUGCCUGGUCAUGUUUACCUCUUACCUGUGACCACAAUGCCUGGAAUGAGGCUGAGCUGUCCCGGCUUAAGAGAGAACACCCUGAGUCUGAGGACAGGACACUCAUCAUAGAUGACAGACUGCUGGGUGUCCUCAUACCCUGCAGGGCCUUCGGGGAUGUCCAGUUAAAAUGGAGUAAAGAGUUGCAGCGGAAUGUCCUAGAGAGAGGCUUUGAUACUGAGGCCCUCAACAUAUACCAGUUUACCCCACCCCACUACUACACUCCACCUUACCUGACUGCCAAGCCUGAGGUGACAUACCACAGGCUGAGGCCCCAAGAUAAGUUCCUCGUGCUGGCCUCAGAUGGCUUGUGGGACAUGCUGGGCAAUGAGGAUGUGGUGAGGCUGGUGGUGGGGCACCUGUCCAAGGUUGGUCGCCAGAAGCCGGACCUGGACCAAAGACCGGCCAACCUGGGCCUCAUGCAGAGUCUACUGCUGCAGAGGAAAGCCAGCGGACUCCACGCCGCUGACCGGAACACAGCCACGCAUCUGAUCAGACAUGCCAUCGGGAGCAAUGAGUAUGGCGAGAUGGAGCCGGAGCGGCUGGCCGCCAUGCUGACGCUGCCAGAGGAUGUGGCCAGGAUGUACCGGGAUGACAUCACUGUCAUGGUGGUGUAUUUUAACUCAGACUCUAUUGCUACCUAUCCUAAGGAGGGUUAAGAGUCUCACUCUGUUGCCAAGGCUAACGCGAAUGCCCUUUAGAACACGUUCACUCCUUAGUGAGCAAUUCAAACCUUAGCAAAAGAAUAGGCAGAUAUAGGUUGCUGAGUAAUUAACAAAAGAAGGGAGGGAAAGCCAGCCUUAGUGCAAAUAAAUAAAUAAAUAAAUAAAACAAACACAAAAACCACAAAGACAUUAGGGGAGAUUUUUGUCCUGUCAGUGCUGGUCAGCUCUUUUCUGUGGCUGACAAAAUAAAGACUAAAAUUGGCUUAGGCUCACGUAGCCCACGUCCUUUAUAAAAAGACUGUUAAAUUGUGUCACCCUGUGCUUUUAAAGGAUAAAUUUAAUCAUGAGUCUAAGAAUAAAGGACUUCAGGAUCUUCUGAGACCCAGUUGCAAAUUUUACAGAUGUGAUCGUUCUGAGCUCUGUUAUACACGACUUCUAGGCUCACUGGUUCUUCUAGUGUUUGUUUUUUUAGUUUGGGAAGCCUAGGUUUACAAAGCAAUCUUCAGGGCACUUUUCUAUGUUUUAUUCUAUUUCUAUGUGUGUGUGUGUGUUUCUGAAAUGACUGUGAUAUUCUGUGCUGUUUGCGUUUUAGCUUUUAGCACUGGUUAAGUUUAUUUUAAAACUGAAUCCUCAAGCUCACAAGUAGAACUGCCAGAAGCACAUUUGGGACCUCAGCUGAGGACAAGAGGAGCUAGGCCCCUGGGCCAGCUGAAGUUAAUUGUGCAGCUAUUGUUCCCCUCCGGUGAGCCUCACAGGUUGAACCUUUGAGCCGUCCGGGGAGGUGAUUUCUGUCUAAUCCGUAACUCCUGGCAUUUUUGCUUAGUAAUUUAUAAUUUUAGAUUCCUUUUGAUUAUAGCCUUCAAACACUCUUGAUUCCACGUGACACAGCCCUACCUCUGCUAUUCUGCUUAGCCUCAUCCUGACGUUACUGGAAAAUCUUACCUGUUUUCUCAUCCAAAGGUUGGAGGAAAGAAGAUGAUGUGGUCAGGUGGCAGCUGAGGGCGUUUAGACGGGACGGACUUUUUCAGUGGUUUGUGGACUUGAGAGUUCAGCCUGGAUCUAGAGAAGUGAAAGUAAGGUCCUUUGAGAACAGCCAGGAGCUGAGGCUUUCUCUGCAUCUUGAAGGGAGGAGGGAGACUUAUCAGAUGGGCCACCUGCCUCUGCCUGUGGAGUUGCCUUCGCUACGCCUCGGGGACUAGACCAUAUUUAGUGUGAUAGUUAAUUGGAAGUUAAAAAGCAUCUGGUCAUAGUCCUCAUGGGCUGUUGGUGGUUGCUUGAAAAUCAUCCGCACGAAUCCGUUUUAGAGGAUAAAUUUCCUCCUCUCUGGAGUGGCUGUGGCAUUGAACUGCAGGAAAUGUAUCCCUAAAUGGAAACACAUAUUUUUUUUUUGGCUGUCUUAAUUUCCUGUCUUUUGUCAGCGCUUCGCUGUAGGCAAAGCUCUUCAGCUGACCCUUUGUGUUGCUUCGCCACUGUGCCAUCCACACACUAGGUUUGGUCCCCUCAGCUUUGUCCCGUUCAGACUGGGUUAGCAAAACGGCUAAGUGGGUAAAGACUGCCAGUCAAAAAAAAAAAAUCAGAGCCAGGCAGUGGUGGUGCACGCCUGUAAUCCCAGCACUCAGGAGGCCGAGGCAGGUAGAUUUCUGAGUUCGAGGCCAGCCUGGUCUACAGAGUGAGUUCCAGGACAGCCAGGGCUACACAGAGAAACCCUGUCUUGACCCCCACCCCCACCAAAAGAAUCAGGAUAUGCUGAUUUUUUUUAUGCUUUUGUAUAUUUCCUAGAGUACCUGUUUAGUGAUAUGGUUUUAUGUUAAAAAAGAAAAAGAAACAGAACUCUUUUGGGUCCUUUUAUUCUGAAUCUGAUAUCUUAGGUUUUUACUCUAAAGUAAAAUGUAGGCAGCUCUCCUUGGGCCUGCACCCAUUUGGGUGUGUAUACUUUUUGUGGCACUUUUCUGAGAGGCUCACACUUACACUUUCAGGUGUGGCUUACCUUCUGAGUGCCUCUUUCUCUUAACCUUUAUGUUUAUGUCUACCCUAAAUAAUAACCCCAACUCUGCUGCCUUAAAAUAAAGCAGAAAAUGAAAAACUUGGGUGUGGUGGCGCGUGUCUUAAUUCUAGCAUUUGAGUGGCAGAGGGAAGACCAUCAGAAGUUCAAGAGAGAUAUGGCUGACCCUUCCACAAAACAUAGUGUGUCCCAUCCAGGCACUAUGGCCAUCCUAGGCUCCACAGAGAGACCUUGCCUCAGAAAAACAGAACAACAAACCACAACCCCAAGCACUAUUCUAGACUUAUGGCUUGUUAUUUGCCUGGAAGACACUAUUUGGCAAUUUUUUCCUUUGCCCUUUGCUUUCUGGGCUGGCUAAACCCAGGAGCACCCUUGGAGCCUUAACUGGCGAUCAGUGUCUGAGCACUAUUUUGGAGGCUGGCAUGGGUCAUAAAAGGUUCUGAUUCCGCUAACUUAUCCUGGAGUUGAUAGAACACAGACCUCUCAUCUGUAUCUCCAAGUGAGGUCUGUGUUUUCUCACUGUCUAAUAGAUGUCCUGCUUCUCAGCUGAAAUACUGAGAGAGAAGAAAGGGCAAUUUAUAGUCUACCUUUUUCUCUGCCUCUGAGCUCAGCUUGUCCGCCUGCUCCAGUGAGAUCUGGUUACUACUUGCCUCUGUCUUGCUGGCUGUGGGUCUUGGCAGUGGCUCCCUUGAGCUUUUGCUUUGGGACACUGAAAUUAGGAAGGAGAUUUCAUGGUCCUUGUUAGUUCUUCCAAAACUUUUAUCAUCCCUUUCAUAUAGAGAUUUUGAUUUUUUAGACUUUUAAAAUUUAAAUAAUGAGAUUGACCAUUUUAGUAUUGCAGAUGUAAUUUUUGAAAGAAGUAUGUCUUGGUGUUUAAAGUGACAUGAUUUAGGGGGUAAGGAACAGAUGGAAAUGGUAUAAUUUAGAUGUGUGGACAGUGCAGUGCUAUUGAUUUCCAAAGUUAAUAAAGCUGUAGAAAAGACGAUAGUUUGAAUGUAUAUUAGAUCACGUUAAUAAGGUUCGGUUUUCUGAGAAGUUAUUUGUAACAUUAAAGCUAAUUUAUUGUAAUGUAAACUUUGAGAUGCUGUAAUAUAUGGAUCUUUCCCCCAGAAUAAAAAAGCUUUUAGGCACAGAACUUGAUUGGGACACAAUCAAGUUGACAACUUUUAAACAGAAAAAAAUGCAGCCAACUGGACCUUCAGAUGAAGAAGGGUAUAAUUAUGUCGAACAGCAACAUUCAAAAGGAGGCUGGUUCUGUCCUUUUGGCCGUCAGUUUCUGUUCUUCGUUGGAUGUCUGUAACCUCCCAGGUUAAACCAGAAUAUUCUGGAAUGGAGCCAUUGCGGUGCCAAGUCUUUGAAGUGCUGCAGCCACUGUAGAAGCACAUCGCUAGUGUUGGAUUUGAGGAUCCACGUUAGUGGUACGGUUCGUGCAGUAAAUGGUCCUGUGUGGCCUGGUGGAGGAGGUGGGUUUAGGCAACUGUGUAACUUUCCUGAGCCUUCUGAGGUCCUCUGUUUUCUCCCUUUGGUUCUUGGUGUCUAACUUGCCUCCUGGAAAAUAUUUCUUACUAAGCAUUUUCUUGGAACAAUCAUUAACCAAGUUCUUUAAUAAUUACUGGCAUUUGUAUUUUAAACUGUGUACCGGUGUUCCUAUCUGACACUGAUUUUUCUAACCUUUGAGGAUAUUUAAGUAGAACUUUUAAAUAAAAGAGGCAAAAUGAAA